AUGGCACAAGAUAACAAUACUAACGAUCAAGAGCAAGAAACUCACAUUAAUGCUGAGAGUUCAAACAGUGAAAGCGGAAGUCAUGUAUGGCAUCACUUCGAAGUUUUGCAAGAUAAAAUUUAUGCUGAAUGCAAGAUAUGUAGGAUAAAAGGAAAGAGUGUGAAGUACAAAUUUCAUGGCACUACAAGUAAUAUGAUAUACCAUUUAUAUAACGAACAUGGGAUUACGAAAGAUAAUCAAACGGGUUAUAUCGAGGAUGGAAAUAUUGAAGCUUUUAUGAAAGUUGCUCGUGAAAAGAUUUCUCCUAGAAGACAGCUAGAAAUUGAAACUGCUAUGAUGACUUGGAUGAUUGAUGAUUGUCAACCAUUUUAUCUUUUGCGAAAUGAAUCGUUUAAAACAUUUAUGAAAAUAGCAGUUCCUGGUUUUAAACUUCCUGGUGAUGAUAAAGCACGACAUAUUAUAAAUGAUGCAUUCACUCAAUCGACUGAUCAACUUACCAAAACAUUGCAAGAUAUUCGAAGGCAUACUGGUAAAAAUAUUAAAAAUACUAUAACUCAAAUUAUAGACCGUGUAUCAAAAGGUCUUAAUGCAGCUAAAGCAUUUAAAAAGCGUGUAACUAAUCUUAUUUUACACUUUAAUGGUAGCCCUAAGCAAACUGAAAACCUUAAAGACGCGCAACAAAAAAGUGAUAAAGAGGAUGCUGAAUAUUUAGAACGAAUUAAUUUGACAAAUUCAGAAUGGAGUCUACUUUCCGACGUAUUAGCUUUGUUAGCUCCUUUUUAUGAAGCAACCAAAAUGUUAUCGGGCGUUACGUAUGCUACUCUUAAUAUGGUCUGUCAUACAAUGCACUACCUUAAAAAAACUGUAGCUCCACCCGAAGACGAAGAUGAUGAAUAUUACACAAAUUUAUUAAAUGACGAAUUAGAUGAAGUUGCAAGCCAAGAUGAAGAUACCGAUGAUGAAGUUACAACUAGCAAUCAACGAUUACAAUUCAAGAACCAUCGUGCUAUAAGUUUACCUAAUUCUACUAUAGAUGUUUUAGAGAAGAUCAAAGCUACUAUCUACUUAACUGCUAUUAUUGAAGAAUCAAAUGAUGAUUUAUAUGUCAGCUCAUCUGGAUCAUUAGUUACAAAUGAACCUUCAAGUACUAGUACUAAUCAAGUUAAUUAUUCUUUGCUCGGAAUAUAUGAAGAUUCAGAUGAUGAAAGUAGUAUUUCUGAUGAAGUUGCUCGAUACUUAGCUUUACCAAAAGUAUCUCCGAAUCGUAAUGUACUAGAAUGGUGGAAAGUUACGACAAAUGUCGGCUAUUACAGCAUACGUUGUUAUGACACUUUUGACGUAACCGCUUAUCUUUUUGACACAACCAUAUGUCCUCAAGUUUCUGCAUCUAUACAUGUUAGUUCAAAAUUCUUGGACAAUUUGAGUAAAUUUAAAAUUCAUUUCAACUUAACUAUUUGGGACAAGUUGAUUUAA